CUUUCAACUCCAAUAAAGUUACAAAGGCAAAACCAGAGGCCAAGGAAAAAGCUAUGCUUAGCUUAAUGAAUAAGUCUAAAAAGUUAUACUCUGAAUUUCCCUUUUCUCUAAUUAAUCAUCUUUAUCAAAUGGCAAUAGCUACAUUAUGAUUCUUAAUUAGCUCUAAACAUUUCACAAUGUCUAAAAUAAAUCUGUUUUGCAUUAUAAUUCUUUUCUCAUCAAUUUUUUCACAAAAUGAAUCUACUCCAGUGUUGGAUUCUUCUUCCCCUCCUGUUAAUGGCAAUGAGGUGGUGAUGAGAACGGUUUACGAUAGACCAAAUCCUCUCCAUGGUUUUAAACAUUAUAAUGGAGGUUACAACAUUACAAACAGAGAUUACUGGGCUUCUGUUGCAUUUACAGGAGUUCAUGGAUAUGCAAUGGCUGGAAUUUGGGCUCUCGGGGGACUGGGAAUUGGUGUUUUCUUGAUUUUGAAGAAUUGUUGCAUGAGAAGCAGAUCUUCUUCAAAUAUUGCGGAUCAUUCAAAUUAUUAUUACAUCAUACCAUUUUUCCUGGUCUUACUCUUCACAUGUCUUGCCAUAAUUGGGUCUGGUUUUACUCUGGCUGCAAACAAGAAUUUCUUUGGAAGAACAAAGAAGAUGGAAGAAUCAAUACUUGGAGCAGCCGGGGAUGCGCAUCGGUCAAUUAGAAAGGUGUCGAGAGCUAUGAAUGAAAUGCAACGCCUUUUACGUCCGUAUAAUGAAUCAGCAUUUUCUCGAUUGAAUUGGACAUCAGGAAAGCUUCAGAGAGAGUCACAAAACAUUCAACGUAUAGUUGUCAAGAAUCGGCACAAAAUUCAUCUUGCAACUCAAAUCUUGCAGGGAGCAACAACCGGGGUCAUAAGUAUCAACAUGGCACUUGUUGUUUUUGCAUUAGUUCUCUUAUUGCUGCAUUGGCGCCCUGGUCUCAUCAUGAUUCUUGUUCUUUGUUGGAUUCUAACGGUCUUUUGUUGGGUUCUGACUGGAUUUCAUUUCUUCCUUCAUACUUUCGUGGAGGAUACUUGUUCAGCUUUCAAGGAAUUUGAACAAAACCCGAAUAACAACAGUUUAAAUUCCGUAUUACCUUGCGUAUCUCAGGCCUACGCGGAUCACAUCAUGGUAGAAAUCGGUUCUACAAUCCAUAAAUUCAUUAGCAAGCUGAACACAAAAGUGCAAGGCAUGAGUCAAGUUUUAGGAUUAAGCGGCAAUGAAAGUGAAUUACCUGGAGAAGUUCUGAAAGUAUGCAACCCGUUUUCAGGUGCACCAAACUUCUUCUACGAUCCAAGUAGUUGUUCAGCGAACGCCAUUCCUAUCGGGGACAUACCAAAUGUCCUGGCAAAAUUCACUUGCCAUCAAAACAAUAGCUCAAAAACAGGACCAGCGUCUUGUAAGGGCAAUCCUACAAAAUUCAUCACCGAGGCAUUAUAUGAUAUGGCAUGGGCAUAUACACAAACUGUGCAAGGACUAAUAAACGUUUUCCCCGAUUUACGCAACUUAACAGAAUGCACAUUCGUGAAAGACACUUUCUCGGACGUAGUAUUACACCAGUGCAGAUCCCUUAAGAUGUCUGUCAAACUGUUGUGGGUAUCAACUCUAUCUGUUUCGACCAUUAUGGUGGUUUUGUUGUUAGUAUGGGUAGUAAAAAUGUUUCAAGACAGAGGAAGGAGUUUCUCUCGGUGCUCCUUGGUACCUAGAACAACCACAGUCCGUCGGUAGCUAGAAAUACUUGAAGAAAAUGUACAUACAGAUUGUCAGAUUGUAUAUAGCAGGAGGGUUUAUACAAAUACAAAAGGAGUUGGAGUAAUUCCAUGAUUUGUACAGCUUGAUAUGUAAAAUAGAGAAUCUGAGUGGUAAAAAUGUUGAAAAUGCUGAAACUGCAGUACGGGUAAUUUUUUUUUUAA